CGCUUUACCCAGCCCCCGGGAAAAGUUUAAUGAUUGACAGUUGCUACUGAUGUUAGUAAACCUACCCUCUCGAGUCCGAAGUUCGAAAGAAAACAUUUUGCGACGUUAAUAGCUUUCUACUCGAGGGAAUUCUUCGCGAAAACAUAACACGUUUUCUUACAGAAUCUCGCAGCUACAUUUUCGCGCAGAUUCUCUUAGAUAGAGAUGUUUCCAUGUCUCGAGACUAUGCGUGGAAAAUCCAUUCGGAUCUUUGAAGGACGAGGAAAGCCGCCUAUCUCUCUGUUUCAUUUCCGGCUCUUGGCCUUUAGCAUGCGGUGGGUAAACAUCGGUCAAAACUCAACCGCAAACAGUGGUGUAGCGGAAACAGCGUAUCCCAUUUCGUUUUGCUCGCUUUGGUGGCCAUAACUUUUCUGUGCAUGCAUACGUCAAUGAGAACGAAUUGAAAGCUUAAUUUCGAAGCGAAUGCAUCCUGGCGAGGCUUCGGAAGUUCCAUAGCGUGUUGUUAAACUGUUACUUAUAACGGACCCCUGGAGGCAGUAAGGGUAUCCCAUUAUCCUACGCGGCUAAAUUUAGUGACUGGACAAGCCGGCUAAACAGGUCCGACGAAACCAGUGACGAACCAUCAGGGUACUCUCUGCAGAUGAUCAAUAUCCGCUUCUAUUCCACCUUCGACUGCGGAAAGCCGGCCUGUGCUGGACUUCGCGAUUGCCAAACAAGUUUGGUUCCCAGAGUGGAGGACAUCUGAGAACUAGGCAUCGUUUGGUAAGGAACUGGAGGUUACCGCCAUCUUUUGUAAAAGAAUGAAUCAUAGCUCUUGUGCGAUGAAACAAAAUUCUGGCCUCAUCUUGGUCAUAUCCAUGAAACUGAGAGUUGUGCUCAGCAAAUCUGGAUGCAAAGAGUUGUACAUCUAAAGGCUUGGGAAAAAAUGUUGAUCAAAGGAAGUUUGAGAGUGCCUGGCACGCUUGAUGGUGGCUUAAGCUGGUUUGCAGUUCUUGGAUCGUUCAUGACACAGUUUGUUGUCAUGGGGAUCCACAAUGUAUUUGGCCUGUUGUAUCUUGAUCUCUUGACUGAGUUUGGAGAAAGCAAGGCCACUACAGCGUGGAUAGCCUCAAUUUCAUUUGGCCUCACUUUCGUCUUGUCACCUCUGAGCUGCUCUUUGUGUAAGAGGUUUGGUUGCAAAGCAGUCACUAUCCUUGGUGGAAUAUUAGUUGGGAUUGGUCUUCUACUAUCGUCCUUCGUCGACAGCAUCUUUCGAAUGUACGUGACGUACUCGUUCCUGUUCGGCAUGGGUUCUAGCAUGUGUUAUGUGUCCUCAGUUCUCGUGCUCAGCGGGUACUUCUCCAAAAAUCUGGUCGUUGCUAAUGGGAUUGGCCUGGCUGGAGCUGGUGUGGGAACAAUAACACUUGCGCCCGCACUCAGCCUGCUGCUGGAUAAUUUCUAUUGGCGCGAUGCUCUUCGCAUUCUCAGUGCAACCUCGUUGCUUAUCCUGAUAAGCGGUUUCAUCUUCUAUCUUGUGCCCGCGCCGUUGGAAUUUAGCGAUGCCGAGAAGUAUGAUACAUACGAGGAAACGAAACGAAUCGACUUAUCCUUCUUCAAGAACAAAGCUUACAUUGUGUGGAUAGUCGUUGUUGGAUUGGUGCUGUUUGGUUUUUAUAUACCAUACGUACACUUGGUUCGACAUGGACAAGACCUUGGAAUACGAAAACAAGACAGUGCAGUCUUGGUUGGCUACAUGGCGAUGUCCCAAACCCUCGGAAAGAUCGUGUUCGGUCGAAUAGCAGACCAUCCUCGCGUGAAUCGUGUGUACCUCUACCAACUAUGUCUACUUGUGUGCAGCGUUCUCACCACUUUACUCCCUGUUUUCACCACCUACAGAUCUUUGUUAGCAUACUGUCUCGUGUUUGGCUUUCACGAUGGUUGUUUUGUCGUUUUAAUUGCCGUUCUCACGGGGGACAUAGUUGGGAGGAAGAUGAUGGGGACAGCUUAUGGUGUCAUGUUUUUCUUCACCGGUAUUCCGAUGAUGCUUGGGCCUCCAGUAGCGAGUUGGAUGUAUGCAAUUUCCAAAAGUUAUGAGCCUGCAUUUUACAUGGCCGGCGCUUUCACGACACUUGGAGUAUGCCUGUUAUUUCUGGUCCCUUUUUUACUUCCACCCGAAGUGCAAGAGGAGUUGCGCUCGCGUACAUAUGGCUUUCGGCAACGUAUUCAAUCAUCUACUUCGAGCGAGGCUACAAGAUCAUGGACUCUUGACUCUGGUUCAUUUUAUUCUGAAUCCGAAAGGGGAUCAGAAGAUUACGAAAAGAAAGAAUUGACUGUACCACUAGUAGAAAAUGUCUUGGAAAGUGAUAUUUGCAAGAGGCAAUCCACCAGCUCAGGACUUGGUUUUAUCCUUGAAAAGUACUUAUCAAUGCCAAAGUUAGAAAAUCAAAAGGAAUGCAUGCUGGAAUAUUAUAGCGGCUGUGCUAAUGAUGUGUGGAUCCACUUACUGGACCCAAACAGAGAGACCAUAGUUUAACUUUUCUACAUUAAGUAGUCUAUUUAUCUCAAUUUUAAAGAAAACAUGUUUCUAAGCGAGGAGGUUCUGACAAGAUUUUGUCUGAGGUGGAGCGAAAUUUUAAGAAAUCAGCAAUCAUAAAGGCGCCCAGCACAAAGAGGCCACUAAACGGCGCUUUAUAGAAGUAUGAUUGAGCAUACUAUUCGAACUGGGAUAGCCUCGUGCUUACCAUUGUAAGAAACACUUUGCUCUCUCAUUGAAACGUUUUAGUUUCAAACUCAAACUGUUUUAGUCGCAUUUUUCAAAUUUUUCUUGUGAUUUCUUUACUCUUUUGUUUGGUUCUGAAAAUUUGAUCAGAUACAUCGCUCUUUUUUGCAGAGCGAGAGAGGCAAUGUUGAACGCCGUCGAUGAACUUUGAUAUCAAAAUUAUUUAUUGUUCAUAGUAGGUUUGUCGACGACAGAGCGUUAUGAAGAGACACAGUUUGUCUCUGAAAGAGGAAAUUCACGGUUUACAUGGUUACGCUUGUCACGUCUUAAGCUCUGGAUAUCUAACGUUAGGGAGGCUGGUGAAAAAAUGAUUUUUCACGCAGCUAAGGGAGUAAGAAACAUCAAAAGGACCUUGAAUAGAAAAAAGUUAGACAAACAGAUUUGGUUGAAUUUCUCUGAAAAGGCGAAUAAAAUUUACCCGUCAAAAGAUAA